UAUCUAGUUGGUAUUGUUGAUCUAAGGCCAACACUUCUUCGCUCUGCUUCGAUCCAGUUUGCUACGCUCCGCUUUGGUGGAAACCGGGUCUUAUCAUCUUAUGGGGAAAACUGUAAAAAAAAACUGGCAAAAAGGUUUAGUCCAAGUCUGUACGAAAAUUUAAAAAAAGUAAAGUCACAACAAAAAAAAGUAAACAAAUUGCUAAUUUGUGUGAAAUAAAUAAUAAUGAUUUAUUUGUGAUAUUUCUCCAAAAGCCGUACAGAAUGGCUGGUCUCUUAUGUAGAAUAUGCCUGGCACGUGAUACUCGUAUGUGUACAAUGUACAACACGCCACUGGAAGUGCUUUAUCAAAAAAUCACAAAAAUACCUCUUAAAACAAAAGACGGAAGACCGCACGUGGUGUGUUAUGUCUGCUACCAUUUAUUGAGCAAGUGUCACAAAUUCAUUGAAAGUGCCGUUAAAACUGACAAAGUUCUUCAACGACUAUGUAGCAGUGGUAUACAGUUAACCGAGCAGCAUAUUGCAGCGAUAGACAAGGCUUUCUUACUCACACCAUUAACUAAGUCACGCGUUAUAAAUGUAAACGCAAUAAGCGAUUCAGACGGAGUCAGUAUAGAAGUGGCUGAAGUCAAGAGAGAAAUUGAAGAAGAUAAGCCUAUAUAUUAUGAGGUGGAAGUUGUUAAAGAAAAAGCUGAUUCUUUAGGUUUUGACGGUAUAAAUAAUACAGAACAUAGUUCAAAACAGUACGCUUGUACUAUCUGUGGUCAUUGCUUGCUCACCAAAGCUGAAGCUAGGAAGCACUACAAAUGGCAUGGCACCUCCGAAGAACCCUAUCUGGACUGUCUGAAUUAUUUAUUUGGCACUCCACCAACUGUGGAAGUCACUAUGCAACCUAUCACGGCGCCAACUGACAGCAAAGAAGUAAUAAAGGCGCCAACUGACCACAAAGAAGCUCUACCGGCGUCAACUGGCAGCACACAAGCAGUGAAGACGCCAACAUACAGCAUACAAGCUAUGACUGCGCCAAAUGGCAGCAAACAAUCACUAACGGCACUAACUGGCAAUUUACAAGUAGUGAUGGCACCAACUGACAGCAAAAAAUCACUAACGGUGCCAACUGACUACAAAGAAUCACACGCGGUGCCAACUGAUAGCAAAGAAUCACUAACGACGCCAACUGACAGCAUUCAAGCUGUGACGGCGCCAUCUUACAGCAUACAAGCGUUGACGGUGCCAACUGACUACAAAGAAUCACACGCGGCGCCAACUGACAGCAAAGAAUCACUAACGGCGCCAACUGACGGCAUUCAAGUGGUGACGGCGCCAACUCAUAGCAGAAAAGUGCUGAAGGCGUCAAGUGACAGCAAAGAAACAGUAACGGCGCCAACUGACAGCAUACAAGUGGUGACGGCGCAAACUAUCAUAGCGUCCGACACUAGUCCAACGAAGAUUGAAAAUGAUGAAGAAAAGCCUAAGAAAGUGGAAUUAGACGAAAAAUCAAAUUUACCCGAAGAAGUAAAAGAAGGAUUGCCAAAACUUUACAAAGACGUAAAAAAAUUAACGAAGAAAGAGCUUAAAAAGGACGUCAGUAAAAAAACUGUAAAACCAAACAAUAUAAUAAAGAAAAAAGAAAAAGCAACUAACAGUGAAGUGACUAUAAAAAAGAGAAAACUCACUAAAAACAUGAAACCAAAUAGAAAAAAUGAAACAAAAUUGGCCAUUAGUAAUAAUUUAAUCGAAAACGAGGUAUAUUAUGAAGUCCCAUUAUUUAAAUCGGAUGACCCGUUAGACACAAAUUAUAAAGAUAAUACACCAAAUACAGAUAGAUUAGACAGUUCAGACACGAAUAUGGACACGGAAGAUAUAGAACAAAAUGAUGAAAAUGAAACGAAAAAAAUUACAGCAACAGAAAAAACAUUUCCAUGUGAUACUUGUAAAAAAGUCUUCCCAAGUAAUGCGAGGUUGAAACGCCAUAGACGUGUGCACACGGGCGAGAAACCAUUCUCAUGCGAACAUUGCUCGAAAACAUUCGCAGACAAAUGUAACCUAAGUCGACAUUCCCGAAUCCAUUCCGGAGAAAAGCCAUUCGAGUGCUAUCUCUGCGGAAAAUGUUUCUCGAUUAAAACUCACUUGAGCGUUCACUUACUCACGCACAAUAAUUCUAGUAAAAUACGAAUUAAAAACACUUUGUCGUGCGAUGCUUGUGGAAAAAUAUACACGCACAAAAUGAAUUUAGCACGGCACAUAUCAAUAAAGCAUGGCAAUGUGGCGCAAGAAAAGGACGAUUCGAAAUCAUUUUCAUGCGAUUUGUGCCAGUUCAAAUGUAACGAUAAGCACUAUUUGGUUAAGCAUAUGAAAAUGCACGUUGAAGAUAAACCGUUCACGUGUACUUUCUGUGGGAAGGGUUUCACGAAAAAUCAACUUUUGAAAGACCAUGUUCGAACUCACACGGGUGAAAAACCGUAUCUGUGCAAUAAGUGUGGCAUGAAAUUUAUACAGAAAAGCAAUUUGAAGCGACAUCUUAAUUGUUGCAGCAAAAAGAAUGUAACUGAGAAACGGUUUCCGUGCAAUUGUUGUGGUAGAUUGUUUGGACAUAGAAGCAAUUUGAAACGCCAUCUACAAAGCUGCAAAAUGAAUGUCGCUAAAGAUUCUUUGGCAAAGCUUGUUGGUAGGACAGUGAAGCGUCGUGUUUAGCGGUUUUGUUAUAUUUUCUAAAAUUGUGCUUACCCGACUAUUAAAUCCUACUAAUAUUAUAAAUGCGAAAGUUUGGAUGUCUGGAUGUUUGUUACUCUUUCACGCAAAAACUACUGAAUGCAUUUUGAUGAAACCGUAAUUGAAACAGUAACCUGAAAAAAUACAAAUAAUUUAAAUUUCUGCAAAUCCUUUAUGGAAAACUGUAACAUAAUGUAUUGUAAAUAAUAUUGUAUAGAUUUGAAAUAAAUGAAUUAUUGUGCCAUUUU